AUGGGUUCUACUAAUACCUUUUCCCCUGAUCCUUCAAGUCCCCUUUUUGUACAUUCAUCUGAUAUUCCUGGAAUUUCGUUAGUCCCUGCUCCUUUUUCGAGUACUGGUUUUGGGGGUUGGAGGAGAAAAAUGAUAGUUGCUUUAUCUGCUAAAAACAAAAUAGCUUUUGUUGAUGGUACAUGUCUUCGACCUGCUACUAUUGGGGCUGAACAAAAAUUAUGGGAUAAGUGCAACAACAUGGUAAUAUCAUCGUUGACAACAUCAUUAUCCCCUGAGAUAGCUGAAAGUGUACAGUAUUCUGAAACUGCUCAAAGUAUUUGGGUACAAUUACAAACUAGGUAUGGGACUGCAAAUAGAACAAAAAUAAUUGAACUAAAAAGGGAAGUUGCCUACACUUCCCAGGGUGCAUUAGACAUAGCUUCAUACUUCAAUAAACUGAAGAGGUUAGGGGAUGAGUUGGGAGUGAUAUGUACUAACCAUGGACAAAGGUGUACUUGUACUGCAAAGUUUGGUAUUUUGGAAGAGGAUGAGGAAAAUAAGCUUUUUCAGUUCUCAUGGGGUUAA